AGACGUCCACACACAGUGGAGGGGCUUUCUCUCUCUCUCUCUCUCUGUCAUUCACUCAGUCUGAUGGAGGUGAAGACUCGACCUGCUGCAGCUUUAAUCUGCUGCGGUGUCACACAGGAUAACGGAGCAGGGAGUCUGACGGUCUACAGGUCCACACUCGGACCGUCCUGGACCUGGUCUGCAGCCGGACCGUCCUGGACCUGCUGCUGCUGCUGCUGCUGCUGCUGCUGCUGCUCGUAAAAAAUCAGGACUCAAACUAAACUAACGACUUUCGAGCAAACUAACGAACCGGACGGAGGAAAGACAAAAACUCUCCUGAUCUCAGCGGUUGAACAAACAUGGAGGAAAAGUUGACGGAGGAUCUGGAUUUUUACGUUUCCUGUCGGUCUGGAUCACAAAGCUUUUUAAAAGUCUGCAGCAAAUAUUGAGUUUAGUUUUUUUUAUUCGUGGACUCUUCAGUCAGAUGUUUCCUGAUCGAAAUCACUUUUAUUUCGUUUUUAUUCCGAGAGAUUUGUGUUUUGAAAGUGACCGUACCACUACAGAAACUUAUAUCGAGACAUUCAGCUGAUUCUUGAAGCUGAAGUUAAAUGUUGAAACUCUCAUUUAGCAUCUUUCCUUCAACUGAAAUCAGUUUUAUCUUUUAAUGUAGGACAGUUUUUCCCGAGCACAAAUAAACCUUUAAGUUUGUCCACCAACUUUUUUGGAUCUUUAGUUCAAGAUUUUCUUUUAAAGAAUACUGUUGUGUGUUUUUUGGUCAAACAAAAAUCAAAAUGUAGCUUCAAAUACUAAGAAUUCUUACAUUAAUUUUCAAGAUUCUGUUUCUACCUGUUGACUUUGACUUUCAGACUCUGAACGAGAAGUUCAAUGAAUUUAUUUUUAAGUUCUUCAAAGUCUAUUAAUCUAUUAAAGAAGAGUAAUGUGUUGAUGCAGCAGCUGUGACCUCAGAGGGUUAAACUGAUGAGCAGUUUGCUCACAGCGUCGUACGUCGAGUGUCUUGAGUUACGGUGAGAAACUGAAGCCUCCUCCUGCAGCUCUGGUUACCUGUCCAACGACUGUGUACGUGACGGCGGCGGCAGCAGCAGAGAGGACGGGACAAGGUCCAGAGGUUUUUAUCAGCUCUGUGGAAAUGUGAUGUUGACGCUGAGGGGGCGGGAUUCAGGACAGAGGUGAACCAGGUGAGAGAGGGAGAGGAUUAUACAAACACAACACUGCAGGAUUAACAGAGCGGAUGAGCUUCAUUCAGCCGGGAGGAAAACUCAGAGUCCUGGUUCUGGUUCUCGAGGCUGAAUCUAAAUCUCACUGACUUGGAGGAUGACACCUGCAGCCUCUCACCUGGACCUCGUCUUAACCUGAUCCGGAUCUGGAUACGAUGAAGCCAAACAUCCACCUGGAGUAACCUUGAACUGGACCUGUGGGGCUGGGUCAUGUACGUCCUGUGCACCCUGGCUGUUCUGACCCUCCACAGCCUCUUCAAGAACCGGAACAAGGCCGUAGAGCCGGGCGGGACCUCGGAGGCUGUGGGGCAGAAAGUUGGUCUGGAGGAUGGGGGCGUCGCUGAGGUCUGGGGGACGUCAGGGACUCGUGGUGGUCGUGGUGUCGAUCAGGUGGAGUUGAUGAGCUGCAGAGCUGAAGGGAAGAGGAGGCGAGGAGGAGGAGGAGGAGUUCAUAAUGUCCCCGACAGCAGGAAGGGAGUUCAGCCGGUCCAGCGGUCCAGCGCUCUGCUCAGCCCGGCGGUCAUGUUCGGCACAAGAAAGACCUGGGACCUCGGCCACGCCCCCUGCCUGCAGGAGCUCUGGAAGAAAGACAUUUCAUUGGACGCGAGCUCAGUGGACUUCCUGAUGAGUGAUGGUGAAGACGACGGCUCCUUCCUGUCUCUGCCCACCGCUGCCUUCUCACAGCGCCCGUCUCUGACCGCAGAGCUGACCGAAACAAACGCACCCAGCCAGCAGCUGCUCAUCCAGACUCUACAGGACAAAGUGUGUGAGUUUCAGGCUCGUCUGCGCUCUGAAGAAGUCACUCGUCACCUGCUGCUCCAGCAACUGCAGCAGCAGAGCGUCCAGGAGAAGUUGUGUGGAGGAGGAGGAGGAGGAGGAGGAGGAGGAGGAGGUGUCCAGACGCUGCAGGAGGAGCGGCUGUCGGCCCCACCCACAGGUGAGAGGGCGUUGCAGCCCGGUGAUCAACCUUCAGAUCGUCUCAUCUGUCCAGAAGAAGAGCAGCUCGUUACUCGGCUGCGCACACAGGUGGAGGAGCUGGAGGAGAAGCUGUUGGAUCAGACUCAGGAGGUGGAGAGACUUCGCUCUGAACUGGGGGCGACAGACCUGGAGAAGCAGCUGGAGCUGCUGGUGGUGGAGAACGAGCAUCUGAAGCAGGAGCUGAAGUCAUGGAGGAGCUCAGAGCUUCAGAAGCUCGACGCUGCUGCAGAGAGCUGCAGCUGCAGCCACUGCCCCCACAGUCAGGAUGCGGAGUCCCUGCGGAGGGAGGUGUCCCGCUGGGAGAGCCAGGCCCGGCAGAGGGAGCGGCGGCUGGCUGAGCUGGAGCGAGAGCUGCUGGAGAAGAGCUCCAGGGUGGAGACGCUCCACCGACAGCUGGACGACUCCACCCGGCAGCUGGACGACGGACGGAGGCAGCUGGAGGAGGCGCGGCGGCGGAAGGGGGAGGCCGAGCAGACACUCUCCCUGCGACUGCAGGAGUGCGAGGAGGAGCUCGCCAGACAGGCAGCGGCGCCCCCCAGAGUCAAGUAUGUGACUCAGAAGGUGGAGGUGGAGUCGGCCGACUCUCAGAGAGCUCUGGCCGAGAUGCAGACGAAGAACGCCGCCCUGCAGGAGCAGCUCUCCGUCCAGAGGCAGCUGCUGAGGGAGCUGGAGACGCAGCUGCACGAGUCUCAGAGGACCUGCGCUCAGCUCAGGACGCAGAUCCUGGUCUAUGAAGGAGAGAUGGAGCGGGCUCAGGGUCAGCUGGAGGCGGAGAUGCAGAACCUGGAGGAGGAGAAGAACCGAGUGAUCGAGGAGGCGUUCAUCAGAGCGGAGAGCGAGAUGAAGGCGGUCCACGAGAACCUGGCAGGAGUGCGUAUGAACCUGCUCAGUUUACAGCCGGCGCUCAGGACUCUCACCUGUGACUACAACUGUCUGAAGAGGCAGGUGCAGGAGUUUCCCUUCAUGCUGGAUAAAGCCAUCAACGAGGCGAAGCAGGAGGUGUCUGAUCACCUGACCUCAGGUGUUCAUUAUGAACGAUUAUUAAAGUCAAUCAAAGGAAUCAACAACAACCUGAGCUCCUCCUCAGUUGUUUGA